AUGGCUGCGAGAUUAAUCAGGAAAAUAGUCCCGGCAGCUAAAACCGGCGCUUCGCAGUACAGUACGGGCGUUCGGAAGGUGACACUGAUUCCUGGCCAUGGCAUCGGCCCAGAGAUUACCGUCGCAGUGCAGAAAAUAUUCGAAGCUGCUAAAGUCCCCAUUGAAUGGGACGAAGUUGAUGUCACAGCUGUUCGGGGUCCAGAUGGAAAAUUUGGUAUUCCACAAAAGGCGAUAGACUCUGUAAAUGCCAAUAAGAUUGGCUUGAAAGGUCCGCUGAUGACUCCUGUAGGCAAAGGAUACCGAUCAUUAAACUUGGCACUCAGGAAGGAAUUUGACCUUUAUGCCAACGUCAGGCCUUGCAAGAGCUUAGAUGGCAUCAAAACUCUGUACGACAACGUGGACGUGGUGACGAUCCGAGAGAACACAGAGGGCGAGUACUCCGGUAUCGAGCACGAGAUCGUAGACGGAGUGGUGCAGUCCAUCAAGCUCAUCACCGAGGAGGCCAGCAAGCGGGUCGCCGAGUUCGCCUUCCAAUUCGCCAGGGACAACAAGCGGAAGAAGGUCACCGCCGUUCACAAGGCCAACAUUAUGCGUAUGUCAGACGGUCUGUUCUUGCGCUGUUGCCGCGACUUGGCCACCAAAUACCCUGACAUCAAGUUCGAGGAGCGCUACCUCGACACGGUCUGCCUCAAUAUGGUACAAGACCCGUCCAAGUUCGACGUUUUGGUGAUGCCGAACCUGUACGGAGACAUCAUGUCGGACAUGUGCUCGGGGCUGGUGGGCGGCCUGGGCCUCACGCCUUCCGGCAACAUCGGCAAGAACGGUGCACUCUUCGAGUCGGUGCACGGUACAGCUCCUGACAUCGCUGGAAAGGAUAUGGCGAACCCCACCGCACUACUGCUGUCCUCAAUCAUGAUGCUCCGCCAUAUGCAACUCAACGAGCAUGCGGACCGUGUCCAGAACGCCUGCUACGAAGUUCUGCGCGAGGGCAAAGCCCUAACCGGUGAUCUCGGAGGCACUGCCAAGUGCAGCGAAUACACAAAUGCCAUAAUUUCAAAACUAAAUUAA